CACAAAAUCACAACAACAAUGACGUUUGCUCUUAGGUAUUUUGUUGUCUUUCUUCUUCUGUCUAUGGUCACUCAAGGACUGUGCGGCUGCUCUUUCGCUAACAUCCAGAUCGGAGGGGCGAGGACGGGGAGAGUAAUCUCCGGAGAACCGGAGUGGAAAAUAUCGGUGAUCAACACGUGCUCCCAACCUCAGUUGCACGUGACUCUCUCUUGCGGAGGUUUUGCUCCCGUGAAGCCUGUUGAACCGUGGCUACUGCUCCCAAGAGGAAACACAUGUCUUCUGAUUAACGGAAACGCUAUAGCAGCUGGCGGCACCGCUCAGUUUACUUAUGCCGGCGAGCCUUACUUCUUCAAACCCGUAAGCUCCAGGGUCGGCUAAAGUUUCAACCAUUAAUUUAUGUAACAAGAAACAUGAUUUAUGUAACAAGAAACAUGUCUAUGAUCCUAUGAACAAGGCUAUUAGGUUUCAUGUGUCUCAAGCAAUAUGAGUUAUCUCUUUUUUUUUUGCCAAUAAAAUUGAUGUGAGCAUCUUUCUGUAAAAA